AUGGAGCACGUCAAGUCAGAGAGGACUUCGGUCUUGCUUAACCGAAUAUGGAAAUGGUGUGGGAUUGUCAUCAAGAGCUCGGUCCUUUUAGGCAUAUGGGUUCUUAUCAUUCCGGUACUAAUCGGACUUCUGUUUGAGCUUUUGGUGAUUGUCCCAAUAAAAGUCCCAGUAGAUGAAAGCCCUGUCUUUAUCUUGUAUCAAGACUGGGCUCUUGGCCUCAUCAUUUUGAAGAUCUGGACUAGACUGAUGGUGGAUGAUAGCUGGAGAGCAAAGUUUGAGAGAGUAAAAGAAGAUGGCUUCUCAAGGCUUCAGGGGUUAUGGGUACUGAGAGAGAUUGUACUCCCGGUCGUGAUGAAACUGGUAACGGCAUUAUGCGUGCCUCAUGUCCUGGCGAGAGGAGUGUUCCCAAUGCUCGGAUGUCCGCUAGUUGUGAACUCGGCGGUCUACAGAUUCGCUUGGAUAGGCUGUCUCUCGGCGAGCCUCUUGUGCUUUUGUGCAAAAAGAUGCCACGUCUGGUUCCGAAACCUUCACAACUCGAUCCGUGAUGAUCGUUAUAUCAUUGGUCAGAGACUCCAUAACUCUGGGGAGGAAGCCGCUUUGGCUGUAAAGGAAAGCCAAAGCAGUUGA